AUGAGUUUCGGGCUGACAGCGACUGUUGCCAGGCCAUUCAACGACGGUGGCGGCCGUCCGCCUGUGGUGCCGCUCCCGCUGUUAACCACUAUUCCGCCGCCCCGCGACGAACCACCCCAAAAGCGCCGUCGCGUCGAUCACAGCGAGACGCGUUGGAGACCCGUCAAGGACUGUCUAAACCAACAAGUCGUACCGCACGUCAGCAGAGCCAUCGGGACACUGUCAGCGAGUGUUUACCGCGUCAAUGACAUUGCCAUAGGGACGCUCACCGAACUCACCGGGAGCAACUUCUUUCGCACGCGAUGGGACGAGACGGGCGGUUAUCUUCUUCCGCAGGAUGAGGCAUGGCUGGGGGCGCAGGCGCGCGAGUGCGUCAAGAGGCUCGCGGCAACGGGGGUAGGCGUGACAAAGGAUGAGCCUACAGAGAGGGUGGCUAACAAGCUGAAGGAAUACCACCAUCAACCUACACUUUCGAAUACAAAACCAGCAACAAUAAUCACCGCAAUACCGAAGCCUCUUGCUGUGCCUACACCCCCUACGAAACCCUCAACACCAUUUGAGAACCUCAAACCGCCACCCUACAAGCCCCGAGAGCGGCGCGAACCAAAACCCAAGAACCGAUUCUACCAACUGGACGCACGCCCAUAUCGAACAGCAUCAGAUCGCAAGGCCAUCGAGGAGGGGGCAAAGAAACCGGUGAAGCUCAACAGAACUGUCGUCUCACAACCCACCGCCUACCAUGUCGACUUCACCGCCAAAGAGGUUACCGAAAUCGCCAAAUGUCUUUCAGCGUACGAAACAAUACCCGUCCCGGCGACAUACAAAGCGCUCGCGCAACGAUGUAUGAAAUAUAACAUCCCAACAUUGGUCGGAAACAGCAUCGAGGGGAGAUCUAUCGAGGACAUUCGCAACUUCUGCUCGGACUUGCUGGCGGGACAGGCAACAUCCCCUAACGACCUCCGAGUGUUAUCAUUAAGUGAAGGACCCAGCAAACAACAGGCACAAACAAAGCGGACCGGCCAGGUUUCUUCACUGCUCCUAGCGCGCGAGUUGCACGGAAACAAAGGCUUUCACCGAACGAGAAGAUACGUCAACUUUCAGAACGAGUUCAAGACAUUACGCGAGGACGAAUUCGAGGUGGUGGCUGAGUUUACCAACUGUGCGGGCGAUAUCACAACUGGCGCAUGGGUUUCCAACAACAGCUUCCUCUGCGGAACCACGGCGCAUUCCGAUACACACAACCAGCAAUACAACAAGCCAGGCAACCUGCUCCUCUGUUCUACGAGCAAGGGCACAUUGCGCGCCUUUCCCGACCACCGAAUACCGCGGCCACAUGUGGAAAAGGGAGAGAACUCGACAGAGGCAAUGCGCCGAAGUCAGGACCCAUGGCUAUACUCGUCGGUCGUGUCGUCGGAUUAUGACCAGCUUAAUGACCUGGCAUACACUUCGAGCUUUGACAAGACGGUCAAGGUGUGGAAAGUUGACCCGAAUGGCGAGGAUAUGGAGGCCAUCGCAACGUGGCAGCACACUGGUAACGUCAACUUUGUAGCUGCCGCAAAAGAUGGAUCCGGCCGCGUAGCCACAGCCGCAGACUCGCCCACGGAUGCUGUGCGAGUUUACACCGUCAACAAGAACAACAUUGCCGACAGCCCUUACCAGACCUUUUCUUGCUCACGAACUGACGCUGAUGGCUCCGAUAAGUGGGCUUACUUUCCAGCGACCAUGCAAUGGGGACGAGCACCAGGGACACAGCAUUUGCUUCUAGUUGGAUAUUCCCCUCGUAGCCGCAGUGGCGACGAUCAUGACAUUCCCGAAGAGAAGAGAAACUCUGGAGAGAUUACACUAUGGAAUGCCGAGGAAGGUCGCCGGAUCCCUGUCAUGACAGCCUCGACGGCAAACGUCUUUGAAGUCGCAUGGCACCCGAACCUGCAACGCUUCAUCAUCGCCACCACGCCCACGGGCCUGAAUGUGGUAGGCCACAAGAUCCGGACGCAGGUGCAUGUCUUCCAGCGUGAUAGGGAGCGCGCGGAUGGAGGGUAUGGCCAGUUCCAGGCACUAGACUGCUAUGCCUCAGAUAUUAAUGAGCUUACCAUCAUGCCAAAUUCGGUCGCACACGCCUACGUCACCGCUGCGUGCACCGACGGCAAGGUAUAUGUAUGGGACACGGCACAAGGCGACAAGCCGAUUCAUACCCUCCGGCAUGGGAAGCCGAUAGAAGAAUACUACGGCGACCGAGAAAAGGAGGACACCGGCGUCAAGUUCACAGCAUGGGGUUCCUCGCCGGAUCGGUUCUACACUGGAUCCAGCGACGGCGUCAUCAAGGUCUGGAACGUGCGCAAGGGGAAAAAGCCCUUUGUGCGAGACAUCCUCACGGCUCCCGGACCGAUCGCCUAUGGCGGAUUCUCCCCGGAUAACUCCAAGCUCGCCAUCGGAGACGCGACGGGCCGCGUCUUUGUCCUCUCGGUGGACGAGCGCGACACGCCAGAGUCGCACUUCAUGACCCUCCCCGGGACCGAUCGGCGAAUCCGCCGACCGAAACCCCUCAUCCCGCACCCCGAGCCGGACCCACCCGGCGCCGACUCGGACGACGACGCCGUGUCUGACUCCGACCUCUCCGACUGCGACAUCGGCACCUACACCCGCCGCACAUACCUCGACACCAAACAGCUUUCUCUCACAAAUAACCCUGUCAUCGGCGCCGUCCAGGGACCUGAUUAUGCCUCGACGGGCUUCUUUCGCCGCGAUGCGCACCUUGACGGCGACCCGUCACUACCUCUCCUCGCCGACUUUGAGCGCCAGCAGCAAGACAGCGAAGCCGCUAGCCUCGGCGGUCGGCGCCGCUCCGUGCGCCGGGUCAAACAGCCGGGGCCUCCGGACGAGCGAAUUGAAACCGCCCACACCAAGAACCAAAGCCGAGAUUUGGAUAUAGGCCAGCUGCCCAACGAGGAGAUGGAUGAGCUUAUCAAGGCUGGUGCAUUGCUUACCGUCGAGGAGGAUUGGGGGUUUAGAUAUGAGGAGAUGCCUGAUGGGCCACUUGGUGUUUAG